AUCAUUUGAAUUGAAGCAAAAUCACCAUCAACAUCUUGAAGAUUCAUGUUUUGGCUUUAAAAUCACUUCAAAAUGACGACAACAAAGGUGCUGUUGACGUCGUUUUGUCUAUCUGUUAUGAUCUGUGCUUGUAUUGCUCAAAGAUGGUUAGGACCAAGGCCUAAACCUUACGACCGCCUAACAGAAGCAUGUCCAAUGUACGCAAGCGUAAAGUUACGCGAGAAUAUUGUCAGGUGCAAUUGGAAUUGUUUGGAUAAACUUGCUGCAAUGGACGAGGAGGUGAAUAUGUACCCGCGCCAUUUUAUGAAACGACUUUACAAAUUGGGAACGGACGGGCAUUUGUGUUAUGCACAUGAUGGCCAAGCGGUAGAGAUUGCGCAUCCGUGUGAAGCUCUUGACCUAGCUUGCAGCAAAGGAAACCCUCAAAGGGUGGAUUUCUGUUGGAGAAUCGUCGCAUCACUCAUGGUUCAGAGUCGCCCCCAAAGGCCUCAGGGUCCCCAGAGGCCCCAGGGUCCGCAAGCUCCUCGACCAAAUCCCCCUGGCCGUGGGGGAUGGGGUAUGGCUCAGAUUCCCCAUGUUCCUCAGGGUCCACAAAGUCCUCGAACAAGCCCUCCUGGCCGUCCAGGUUGGGAUAUGCCUCAAGCUCCCCAAACUCCUCUACCAAAUCCACCUGGCCGUGGUGGUUGGGACAUGCCUCAGUCUCCCCAACCUCCUCAGGGCCCCGAAGCUCCUCGACAAAACCCACCUGGCCGUGGUGGUUGGGGCAUAUAAAAAGUCUUUCAACAAAUCCAUUUUGGCUUUUGGUUGUGCUGGAUGAUACGUGGUGCGAAAAUGGAAUUGAUGCUGUUUCUAAUCAGAAUAUAAAGACAAUUGUAUGAUUGUUACUAGGGAACACAUUACGUCAAUAUACAAAUUGACUGUUCCCAUAUUCUUGAGGACGAUGCGACUACCAGGUGAAGUUUUAACGACAGGACUAUUCUUUAAAAGGGAAUUCAAUCUUGGUAAUAAAUAGACGAAACAACAAGAAAAAAAAAACAUAUUAGGGGAAAUUUAGAAAGGAAUUGGAUUAGGAAUAGGAUAUUUUUCCCCAACUUUGAUUACCAAGACAAAAAAAAAGCAAACAACUAAUUGGAGAAAAUAAUUAUAUAUGUACAUGUAUGUAAAUAAAAGCAAUUAAUGUU